AUGGGUAUCAAGCAGCUCUUCCAGAUCAUCAAAGAUGAAGCUCCCGAGGCAAUCAAGGAGGGCGAAAUCAAGAACCACUUUGGUCGAAAAGUAGCCAUUGAUGCCUCGAUGAGUAUCUACAGCUUCCUUAUUGCCGUGCGGUCGGAUGGCCAACAACUCAUGAACGACAGCGGCGAGACCACAUCCCAUUUGAUGGGUAUGUUUUACCGCACACUACGAAUGGUCGACAAUGGCAUCAAGCCACUCUAUGUUUUUGACGGUGCGCCGCCCAAGCUCAAGUCUGGCGAGUUGGCGAAGCGAUUCCAGCGCAAGCAGGAAGCUACGGAGGGUUUGGAGGAGGCCAAGGAGACGGGCACAGCUGAGGAUGUGGAGAAGUUCUCGAGACGGACUGUUCGUGUAACGAGGGAGCAUAAUGCCGAAUGUCAGCGCUUGUUGAAGCUCAUGGGUAUUCCGUAUAUCAUUGCGCCGACGGAGGCUGAGGCGCAGUGUGCCGUGUUGGCGCGAGCUGGGAAAGUGUACGCGGCGGCUAGUGAGGACAUGGAUACGUUGUGCUUCAAUACGCCGAUUUUGCUGAGGCAUCUUACUUUUAGUGAGCAGCGCAAGGAACCUAUUCAGGAGAUUCAUCUUGACAAGGUCCUCGAGGGGCUGAAUAUGGAGCGAUCCCAGUUUGUUGACUUGUGUAUUCUCCUUGGAUGCGACUACCUCGACCCAGUUCCAAAGGUUGGCCCUACAACUGCACUCAAGUUGAUUCGCGAGCAUGGAACGCUUGAGAAGGUUGUUGAUGCUAUUGAAAAGGACUCGAAGAAAAAAUACACAUUGCCUGAAGACUGGCCUUACAAGGAUGCACGAGACUUAUUCUUUGAGCCUGACGUUCGCAAAGCAGACGAUCCAUUAUGCGACUUCAAAUGGGACAAGCCGGAUGUCGAGGGACUCGUUCACUUCCUUGUCACGGAGAAGGGAUUUUCUGAGGACAGAGUGCGUAGUGCGGGUGCUCGACUGGAGAAGAACCUCAAGACUUCGCAACAAGCACGACUGGAAGGAUUCUUCAAGCCCGUUCCCAAAACGGAUGCAGAAAAAGCGGCCCACAAGCGAAAACUGGACGAGAAGAAUGAGGAAAAGAAAAAGAAGCUGAAGCAAGAUAAGAAGGACAAGGCAGCUCAAAAGGCCAAGCCUCGCGGAGCGGCGUAA